UUCAGGAAUAUUUGGAAGGAUAUUCUGAAUUUUGGUCAAUUGCAGUUCCUAGAAUUGUGCAUGGAAACACUGAAAUUUUGCAUCAUCUAAUAAAUAAAUAUCAGGAAGGAGUUGAAUGGAUGGCUAGUUUAAAAAGCAGAUGCAUAAAUGGAAGCACAUUAAUACAUGCAGCAGCUUAUUUUGGAGAAAAAGAAAUUGUAAAGAGACUCUUGGAACUUCAGACAAAUGUAAACCUGUUGGACUAUAAAGGAGCCACACCAUUGCACAGAGCCAGAGAUCCAGAAACCAUGAAGGUUCUUUUAGAUCAUGGAGCAGAAGUAAACUGCAGAGAUGCAGAUGGCAAUACUCCAGUCCACGUUAUAUGCUACGGGGAGGCUCAAAAGCCCACACAACUUGAUUGUUUAAAACUUUUGCUGUCCACUGGAGUUAAGAUAGAAAAAUCAAAUAACAAAGGUCUUCUUCCAAUCCACUGUGCGGUAAUGCAAGGACGACAAGAUGCCAUUGAUCUUCUUCUUCAGUGUGACAUUGAUGGACAGCUCAGAAGAAAACUAGAGUGCAUGUCAAAAACAGAUUCCCCAAGCCUCCUUUACUUGGCAGUUGCGAAUGGACAUUUAACAUGUGCAGACUGGUUGGCUACAAGAAGGUUUACUUUCAAACCUGCAGAACAAGAAGAAUUGCUAUAUGAACUCUUUCAGGAAGACACUGCUAUACAGGAAAAGACCAAAAGUCUGGAGUUUCUGAUUAAAAGCGGAACGAACAUUAACACGGUUUAUGAAGGUGGAAACAGUGUUUUGCAUCUUGCUGCUCUUAAAUCUGAUUUGAUUGAGAUGUUAGUGAUAUUGUUAAAAGCAGGAGCUGAAGUCAACAAAUGCAACAAUGAACGGCACACCCCACUAUUUUAUGCUGUGCAAAUAUCAAAUCUUCAUGGAGCAGAUCUUCUCCUCCGGAAUGUUUCUCGAGGACUGUUUGGAGCUAAAACAGCAGGACAUAAAAAUACCAAACUCGAAACUUAA